AUGUACUCCAUAACAACUAUCGCGCCCAUACGGGCCACGGCCUUGCCCAAGGGCACUGGUCUUCGCAUGCUCGUUGCGAGCUACUCCAGCAUAACAUCACCAGCAAUAACAACACUCCGCCAAAGCCCAUUAAUCAACAACAAAAACAAUCAUGCCGUUUCAAAGCGCUCGAUAUCCUCCGCCAAGCCCAAAUCCGCCAUCAAGGAAUUCUUUCCCAAAGUGGAAACAAAACAGAUUGUCGAGGUUGAAUCGGGGUGGCGGCAUCCUGUAUACACCGAAGCACAAAUGAAAAGCAUCCAAAUCCAGCACCGCGAAGUCCGCAACUGGUCCGACUGGGUUGCUCUAGCCAUGGCGCGCGUGCUGCGCUGGGGCAUGGACACGGCCACAGGAUACAAGCACCCGGCCGACGGCGAGAAAUUUGGCAUGACAGAGAAGAACUGGAUGAACCGGAUUCUAUUUCUAGAAAGUGUUGCCGGCGUUCCGGGGAUGGUUGCGGGAAUGUUGCGGCAUCUACGCAGUUUGAGGACGAUGAAGCGGGAUAACGGAUGGAUUGAAACCCUCCUCGAAGAGGCACACAACGAGCGCAUGCACCUGCUCACAUUCAUGAAAAUCGCACAACCGGGCCUGUUCAUGCGCCUUAUGGUUCUCGGCGCCCAGGGCGUGUAUUUCAACGGCCUCUUCUUCUCAUACCUCGUCUCGCCACGCACCUGCCACCGCUUCGUGGGAUAUCUCGAAGAAGAAGCGGUAAUCACAUACACACGCAUCAUCGAAGAAAUCGAGGCUGGGAACCUGCCAGAAUGGGCGCGCAUGGAGGCACCCGAGAUCGCCAUCAAGUACUGGGAUAUGCCCGAGGGCCACCGCACGAUGCACGACUUGAUGCUAUAUGUGCGCGCGGACGAGGCUAAGCAUCGCGAGGUUAAUCACACGCUGGGAAAUUUGAAUCAAAAGGCGGAUCCGAAUCCGUACACCGCGGUGUUUAGAGAUAACAGCAAACCGCGGCCGAGCAAGGGGGUGGAUUUGACAAAGCCUACGGGAUGGGAGCGAGAUGAGGUUAUUUGA